AUGGACUCUUUCAAUUUGUUUCAUUCACGCAAUUUCAAGUUUCUUCUUUCUUUUUCUCUUUUCUGUCUUCUCUUUUCUCUACUUUUUCAGUCCUUAAACCCAUUCCUAAUGCAAUACUACUAUAUCUUCUACACCAUUGACAAGUGUUACGUGUUUCUUCUAUCCAAUACCCUUCUUGCUUUCAUUGCAUUAUGUUCUACUAUAUUCAAUACUUCUUCAUCAAACACUCAUGACAGCGACAAGAGUAACCGCUUCGAGUUUUACAUAUCAGAACCACAAGUUACAGAAUCAAUUGAUAGUUAUAACAUUUUGGAAACUGAAGCACCAAAAGAAAAUGAGGAAGAAAAGAGUUGGAUGAUAGUGGAACAAGAAAACGUCAUUUCAGAAGCUGAAGAAGCUGAAGAAGAAGAAGAAGAAAAUGCUGUUAUGAUAAUUGAUGAAGAUGAGACAGAUGAAUUGAACAAGAAAUGUGAAGAUUUUAUAAAAAAGAUGAAAGCUACGUUCUGUUCAGACUCAUAUGUUGAGAAGAGUCAUUAUUUUAAUAAUCAUCACAAUCAGAAUUCACUUGUGCUUGUUAAUUAG